AUGGCUUCUCGUCCAGGCACUAUUGACUUUCUCAAGAAGCAACCCGAAUUAGUAGACUUGGGAAAUUACCCUCGGCCGGAGGGGAGAAGGGGACGUCGAGACAUCGCCAUCGAGAACUGGGAUGGAGUCUGUAGUGACGGUCCCUACAAUGGCCCAGGCCGUACAUCGACGGGGGCCACAGACUGUGCCAUGUGGAGGCAGCAAUGCCCAGGGUGGCCCAACCCCACUGACUUGAGGGUGCGACCUCGAGAAGCGGAAUUGAAAGACAAAGAAGACAAAUACGUGGUGUUCUACGGUGGUGCACAAAUAGCAAUGGUCGCUGUGGCCGGUCUUCUGGUGAUCUUCUGUGCCCUACUGACUGGCCUGACACUCGCAAUCUGCGGACUCGACAUGAACUAUUUGCAGCUUAGAAGUGUGACGGGAAGUCCGAGAGACAGACGCCGGGCUCAGAAAGUGCUUUACAUGAAAAAACACUCGACGUGGAUGCUCUGUUCAUUGGUUCUUGUUUCAGUCGCAUGCAGUCAGACUUUCCCAUUCGUCAUCCAGAGCAUUUACCAUGGAUCACAGGCGUGGGUUCCCAUCCUGAUCUCGACCUUGACAAUGGCCAUAUUCGUGGAGAUCCUUCCUCAAUACAUCAUUCCCAAGCAAGCAGUGGCCUGGGGUUAUCAUUGCUGGCUCAUAAUUUGGGGCUGCAUGUGGGCUACGUGUGUUGUUACCUGGCCACUCGCCUGGUUGUUAGACAGCAUAUACACCAAGAGGGACAAGUUCGGCGUGUUCAAGAACAAAGAACUUGGUGCAGUCAUCAAGUACCACGAGGCCUCUGCGAAGAAUGGCGGAAAACUCGGAAAAGAUGCAACCCGCAUCAUGCUCGGAGCAUUGAAACUUGACUCCCAAAGACUCGAUGGUGACGUCCUUCGAACAUCGGACUCCAGUCUCGACGAGAGCUCGCAGGACCUUGAAAAGGCAACAUCGCCUGUCUCUCGGGGUGUCAUCGUCAAGUGGAGUGCGGUCAAGACUGUCAACAUCAAGGAUAUUGUGGACGAAGCGUUCAUUACGAAGGUCAAGUCUUGGUCCUAUAGCCGUAUACCCGUGGUUGGCGGCCCACCGUUGGUCACGGACGAGAACGGCAUUAUGAGAGAUCCCUGGGAAGAUAACCAGAUCUUUGGCUUUCUUCAUGUCAAGUACCUCAUCGGCUUGGACACUCAAAACGAGGCAAAAUCCGAGACAAAACUCACUGUGAGGGAUCUGCCCCUAUAUCCAGUACCAAUCGUGAGAGACGACAUGUCAGUCUACGAGCUUCUCAACCUCUUCCAAAUGGGAAUGUCAAGAAUGGCAGUAGUUGUCCACGAAUCGCUCAAUGAGGGUGUUUCCGAUACAGCCGUAGACGCUAGAAGAACCCACGACAAGAUCUUAUGGACAGCUACCGCAAAAACCAACACCCAUCUCAUGUCCAAUGUGAAAGGGGGUAAAGGAAAAGAUUACUGGACCAUGGAUUACCUCAAAGCUGCACAAGCUGCUGCUGCUGACCCAGCGAAACCGAGACAAAAUGUUAUCGGAAUUCGAUGCCCAAGACCUAUUGGCAUUGUCACAUUUGAAGACAUUAUUGACACAAUUCUUCAGAAGACUAGCCGAGACGAGAGUGACUUCUUCGUCCGCGAUACUUCAUUCCCGCCCACUAAAAGUAGGAAAGCUGGAGAUCCUCGUCCCAAGGCCGGUCCGAUAAGUCCAGGUCUUCCUCGGGCACCGAAACAAGCCCACGUAUCAUUUGACCAGUCUGUUAAUCUAGGAACUCUAAGGCAAAGAAAGGUGUCUGACAGAGCCAGAGCGCGCGGUGGUUUGGAUGGAGCCGACGAUGGCCGCCCCGCCGGCCAAAAUAGUAUCAGAAUUCCAAAACGACGUAAAUCGACCGGAAGCUCCUACACCAACAAUAGUGAUGGGGGCUUCCAUGGAGUGGAUGAGCCCCAUGCCUCUAUGGAUUGCAACAUCCUCAUGACAGCUGAAGAGAUCCUCGAGAUGGCAAACACCUCAUCCUCAGACUGCGCCGGAAAUCCUUAUUCUCGUACCAAUGUGGCUAGCUCACCAAAGGGCAGAAGUGAGAGCCGGAUCCCAGGUGGCAGUAGCACCUUGAAGCAUUCUCUCAGAGAUGUCAGCCCCGCGUCGAGGAUUCGACCACUUCGUCGUGUUGGUCAAUUCUCCCGAGGUGGUUCAUCAAGCUUUGAUAGGGAGAAGGAGACUCCAAAUCAGGAGGAGCAGGCCAAGGGCGUAUCAAUGGAGCUGACGAUGCCGGUCCUGUCAGCUUUGCCAGAGGAGCAGGAGAUGAAGGAAAUAUCAAAACUGUCAAUUCCAGUUUCCCAGUCCCCGUUCGCACCCCCUGGACCAAUUCCUAGGGCCAACUUAAUGCUUGAAUACAGCCGAAAUUUCUCUGGACUUGACAUGGAGAGUUUUGGAGACACUCUGGACUCUAUGAUUGAGCCCAACAGUGGGACUCGCAUCAAGAGUGGGGAGACAACAUCUUUGAUGUCUUGGUCAUCAGAUGAUGAUGCCCAUCUAUUCCGUGUUUACGACGCGUACCCAGUCCCAGCUGGCGAGAGACACGAGGUUUCAUUCUUCAACAACAGUCUCAGUGGCACAUCUGAAGGCAGGGAAAAGACCAAGCCGUACGAUGGCUUCCCACCUGAGCUGCUUGAUAUCACCAAUAAGAACAACCGGGUUCCAGAUUUUGUAUCGAAGACUCUACCACGAAGCAUGGCAAACCAGCUGGCUCGGGGGCUUUGCGAGGAAAGAGAGACCCCGCGCGCUAGAGAAGGCAGUUUCCACGAUGAUAGAGCAAUGUUGCCGAGUCAGAGAAUGAAUCUGACCGGCUCGCUGGGGCCCGGCGGCAAUAGGAGCUUGAGCUUGUGGUUCUGA